CAGGCAGGAGCUUAAAUACCAGCCCAUGAGGAAGCUGAGCUGGUCUUAAUGAUAAGACUGCCGCGGCGGCCACAGCACCGAGGUAGUUGGAGGAGGUGGAGGAGCAGGUGUUCCUGAGGAGUAAUUACAUAGCUGUGAAGGAGAAAGUACACCUCUGAGUUUUUACCUCUGAACACAGUAGCACUGAGAGACAGUCUGGGAACAAGGAGGAAGAGACUGGUUACUCACACCAAAGAGACACCAAAGUUGAAAUUUUCAGGUUUUUACCCUUUUUUUUUUUUUCUUUCUCCCCCCCUCCCCCCUCUGUUUCCUUUUUCCCACGACGGUGUAUCACUACAAUGACCAGAAAGCCUGUUGUGGCCACCAUUCCCAAUGGAGGCUACCUGCCGGGGACUGUUAAAGAGAGCCUGCCUUCCCCGGGGGGCAAGGAGCCCCCUGGGCAGGAGACAGUGAUGCUGAAGAAGAAAAUCACUUUGCUGAGGGGCAUCUCCAUCAUCAUUGGCACCAUCAUUGGAUCGGGAAUCUUCAUCUCUCCUAAGGGCGUGCUCCAGAACACGGGCAGUGUGGGCAUGUCUCUGAUUGUCUGGACCGCCUGUGGGGUCCUGUCACUGUUUGGAGCCAUGUCCUAUGCUGAAUUGGGAACAAGUAUAAAGAAAUCUGGUGGUCAUUACACAUAUAUUCUGGAAGUCUUUGGCCCAUUACCAGCUUUUGUACGAGUUUGGGUGGAACUGCUCAUAAUCCGCCCUGCAGGCACUGCUGUGAUAUCUCUGGCAUUUGGACGCUACUUUUUGGAACCAUUUUUUAUUCAUUGUGAAAUUCCUGAACUUGCAAUCCAGCUCAUUACGGCUGUGGGUUUAACUGCAGUGAUGGUCCUAAAUAGCAUGAGUGUCAGCUGGAGUGCCCGGAUCCAGAUUUUCCUAACCUUUUGCAAGCUCAUAGCAAUUCUGAUAAUUAUAGUCCCUGGAGUUAUGCAGCUAAUUAAAGGGCAAACACAACACUUUAAAGAUGCCUUUUCAGGAAGAGACGCCAGUAUCAUGGGCUUGCCACUGGCUUUCUAUUAUGGAAUGUAUGCAUAUGCUGGCUGGUUUUAUCUCAACUUCGUUACUGAAGAAGUAGAAAAUCCUGAAAAAAACAUCCCCCUCGCCAUAGGUAUAUCCAUGGCCAUCGUCACCAUCGGCUAUGUGCUAACGAAUGUGGCCUACUUUACGACCAUUAGUGCUGAAGAGCUCUUGCUUUCAAAUGCAGUGGCAGUGACCUUUGCUGAGCGGCUCCUGGGAAAUUUCUCAUUAGCAGUUCCCAUCUUCGUUGCCCUCACCUGCUUUGGCUCCAUGAAUGGGGGUGUAUUUGCCGUCUCCAGGUUAUUCUAUGUGGCGUCUCGAGAGGGUCACCUUCCAGAAAUCCUGUCCAUGAUUCAUGUCCGCAAGCACACUCCUCUGCCAGCUGUGAUUGUUUUGUAUCCUCUGACGAUGGUGAUGCUGUUCUCUGGAGACCUCUACAGUCUUUUGAAUUUCCUCAGUUUUGCCAGGUGGCUUUUUAUUGGGCUCGCAGUUGCUGGGCUGAUUUAUCUUCGAUACAAACGCCCAGAUAUGCAUCGUCCUUUCAAGGUGCCGCUGUUUAUCCCGGCUUUGUUUUCCUUCACGUGCUUCUUCAUGGUCGCCCUCUCCCUUUAUUCAGACCCCUUUAGUACGGGGAUUGGCUUCAUCCUCACAAUGACUGGAGUCCCCGCAUACUAUCUCUUUAUUAUCUGGGACAAGAAGCCCAAGUGGUUCAGAAGACUGUCAGUGCUCCUCUGGGAUUAUUGAACUUGGACCAAGUAUGGGCUUGCAUCUGGGAUGCUGCUUAACCAGUAAUAAAUACAUUCCAACAUAGCUGCCUAACUAAUGCAUGCAUGUAAGUUAGGACUCAACAACAUCCGUGAACACACCACACUUCAAUCCAUUCUCUCCCUUUACCUGAAAAUGCCUCCAAGAAGGGAUAAAGGCUACCCAGUCAAGUCUUCUCAUAAACAUUUUAAUUACAGAACUCUUGGGAAACACACUAAAGUAUUCAGUCCUGGGGGAGUCUUUUAUCUAAGUCUUUUAUCUGCUUUGAGCAGAUGCACCUGGUUUGUGGAUUGCUUCUGGCAGUCUGGGCUUUGGGGAAAUGGAAUCUAUGGACGUGUACACAUAGAUUAUUAGGAAAUGUCAUGAAAGCUAUUUGAGUAUAAAGUGGAGAUACUUUAUGAUUAAAAUAGAUCUCUCUGAGUAAGUACUGUAGUUACAUGCAUCAUUAGUGAUCUCUUUUGUUAAGGAGGGUCAGGGGCUAUUGUGAUGUGGUGAGAAAGCACCAGGGGAGCUACACUAGGGAUCCGACAUCUUGCUUUGCCUGGGCUCUGGCUUUUUUUUAAAUUCAAAAUUAUUGGUAGAGCUUGAAACUCUGGAUUCAUGUGAGUCUGGUUUGAUAAUUUAACUUUUUAUGUUUUCAUUAAGAUAUUAGAAUAUUAAUAUGAAGAAAAUAAAAGUCUAUGAAGGAAAACAUACUUAAUAACUUGGUUGGCAAUACAACUCUGAUUAAUAAGUGAGUACUAAAUGCCUGGCAGAGGUUACUUUAUCUGGAGAGGUUGUGGUCGUGUAGGGUAGUCACCAGACACAUGUGGCUAUUUAAGUGAGUUAAAAUGCAAUAAAAUUAAAAUUCAGUUCCUCAGUUGCACUCGCCACAUUUCAAAUGCUCAAUAGCCACAUAUGGCUGGUAGUUAUUUUAUGGACAUUUCCGUCAUUGCAGAAAGUUCUAUUGAACAGUCCUGUUCCAUAAAUUAGAGAUAUUACUGAGAAAUAGAGUGUCACAAACUAGAGAGAGAGGCUUUGUUUUGACUUAGGACAUGUCAAUAAAAUGAGGCAGAGAUGUCAGACAUACAGCUAGGAAAAUACUUUGUUUUGGCCUUGAUGGAUAAAGGAGGGUGAUAAAAAGGAGGAAGAUAUAACAGGGGAGAGAGGCAGGGAACAAGAGAAAUGGGAGAAGGCUGUAUAUUCUGCCAUAUAAUUCUAUACUUGUUAGUCCUACAUUUUUAAUAGCAUUACUAAACUUGAGACUAAGCAGGUGUGUGUGUGUGUGUGUGUGUGUGUGUGUGUGUGUGUCCACUGUUAAAGGAACAAAGUUUCAGGCAUAGAUAGGUUUGGAAGCAGACAGCACCGAAAUCAGGCAGGGGUCUGGAAUCACAGCAAUUGUGAAAAAGGCUUUGGCUUUUCUAGUGUUUUAGAAUUUGUGAUCCAAGCCAUAUAUCUAGGUCCUUAAGAGAAACAGGGAUGAGGCACUUAAUAUUUUUAUUAUAUAAGUACAUGAAAUGAUGUCUGAUGUAAAA